AUGUCGACAAACUCAUUUCUAGACAAACCGCUGCUCAAAGUUAGUCGGCCGGUUGCCGCUUGCUCAAGAUGCCGAACCGCGAAAAUAAAAUGCGAUGGGAAACUUCCUGCCUGCUCCGCGUGCGAAAGAGUGGGGAAAGCAAGCACCUGCUCUGGCGCCAGUGACGAGUUUGCCAGAGGAAAAGAGAGAAGUUAUGUAGCGUCCUUGGAGGGCUACUGUGAACGACUUGAAAAACAGAUUGCAAGCCUGCGGUAUCGCAAGGAAUCUUCAUCAACGGAUGAAAUAGGGACUGUCCGGGAAAGCUCUAUCACUUCGGUUUCAUCGCCGGAUUGUGUCGCUCAAUCACAUCGUAAAGAGGUUUCCGACAUUGACGACCUGGUUGGGGAUUUCGGCUUUUUGUCCGUUCAUCUUCGAUUGCCCUCCCGUUCUAGGUCGGUCAAUGCCACCUCACGAGAUUUCCACGGUAUUACUUCGAGCACGUCUUUCGCCAAUCUUCUACUAUCAUUGGCAAUUGCCGAGCCGCUGCCGAAAUUAUCAUUGCAGUCAUUACCCUCACGUCAUGAAAUAACACCCCUUUUGCGCCAUUAUUUCGACAACCUAUACACACAGCUGCCUUUCUUCGUCGAGACAAGUUUUUGGACGUCUGUAGAUGCUGUAUAUCAGUCCGGUGGUCGUUUCGCCAAGCCAUUUGAUCAUUGGAUCUUACGCCUUGUCUUAGCCAUCUCGUCUGCUUCGACGUCGUAUCAGCCUGGCGACGGAGAUCAUCAAAGGGCAUUAUCGCUGAUUUCUGGGGCGCUGAAAUACGCCGAAGAAGUUCUUCGCCCAGGAUCCGUGGUUGGCAUUCAGGGGAUACUGUUGCUUGCCCAGUACUCCUUUUUCGACCCUAACCACUUUCGUAGUUGGUAUCUUGUAGGCACGGCCGUCCGAGCAAUGGUUGAUCUUGGCUUGCAUCAAGACCCUCCUUUGGAAGAGUUGUCUACUCCCGAUCAUUUAGAUAUUCGUCGGAUUGUCUAUCAUUGUGUCUACGGCUUGGAUAGGGGUGUAAGCACCGCGUUGGAGAGAACACUUUCCCUCUCUGAUGGGUCUGUCAAUGUCGCUUUACCCUCAGUUACCACAGCACCUGGCUUUGCUCUUGCAGAUGCAAGCGAUGUCUUUUUGCACAGUGCGCAACCUGCUUGGCAUAUAGUCAAAAUUCGGCAAAUGCUGUCCUCCGCAUAUCAUAACAAGUACGAAUACGAAAAUGAGGCAUCCCUCCCAAAUGCGACCUCCACCUGGGCAUUGUGCUACAAAGCCCAGGAAUGGCUCGAGAACGCUCCUCAGAACGCUGCAGGGCCUUUCACUAUUUUAUAUACACUGGAGUUCCUUUACACGACUGUCAUCAUUUUGUCGCCCAUGCAUCGAUUUAUCGGGACAUCUGACUAUUCGAAGGUUCUGUUGUUUGAGCGUUGCAUGGAUUACAUCCGCAAACUUCACCAGAUUUUGGAAACGCCGAGCUUAGUGCCAUUGAUGACAUAUCUUGACGUUCAGCGAGCAUACCAGGUCAGUAGCCGGUUUCUCGACCUCUUGGACCGACAUUCAGAACUCGUCCUGAACCGCUCGGUGCCACCGCUUCCCAACGUCCCUUUUGAGACUCCAGAACCACCCGUGAUCGACAAUAAGGACCGCGUGAACUGUCACGCACGGGCGAGCGUAUGCUUGGAUUAUACCCAGGAUCUCCUCCAGUACUGCCUUAGAAAAUGGGGAAUCGCAACGCUUCUUGACACAUUCCAGACAAUGUCAGCAUCUGCUCGAAAACGGCUCAUGCAGUCACCCGCGAUUUACAUUCCAGGUGCAGGGCCUUAUGUGACCGGACCACCCUUGCACCCAUCUGCGGGUGGUGGAUAUCCUGGCUAUCAUCAGGGCCAUUAUGGUCUAUGA